AUGCCAGGCGUUGUCUUCCUAAUCGUUGUGCCGACAGCGAAUUUUGAACGGGAGUUGAUUUACGGCCCUUCAAAUAAUGUUAUAACUGAGCCGCAGUCUGGCGACCUAGGUGGCCACUGCCGUCAUCCUAUGGCCGGCACGGGCAGUGGUAAUAAUAAUCUGAACAUCAAUCUUCCGGAAAAUAACAACGCAAUACUACGACUCGAAGUUGAAUUACGUGACAAGAAUGUGCCCAAGUAUCGACGCGGCGGUGUGGGCGGUGCUGGGCGUGGUGCCGGUCCAGGACGUGGCGCUGCAGCGGCAGCUGCGAAGCGGGCCAUCCCAGGAGGAGCAGGGGCGCCAGCUCUUACCGGAACUGAUAGUGGAGCGUGUGGUCCGAGGGCUGUGCCACUGGACAGACGUAAUUUAGUGGUGCCGCUUGAAAAGGUACUUGAGGAGUUACUUGUCAAGCUUGAAAUUGAGCACGUUACUUGGACAACAAGCAAAAAAGGUUAUUUCCAUCACGUCGUUUUCCCGCUGCAAGCCGGCGAAUCCUGCGAGACAACACUCCACUGUCUAACGGAGCUGGGCAUUGGCACUAAAUUGAAUUCCAGUGUCAGCGUCCUACCUUGCAGCGUGAGCUAUGAUGCCAUCACAGAUGCGUCCAACAUGCGCGAUGAUUACAGCGAGGAUGCCGAGGAAACCUCCAAGUGGAACAACUUUGUGGAAUCAAUUAAAUCGAAACUAACAGUAAAGCAGGUGGUGGACGGUGUGCGAGCUGGUGGUUCCUUAUCCUUUGACUACCUGCUGCUAAUUGUUACCGCCGACUCUCUGGCCGCUCUGGGCCUUGUCGAGAAUAAUUCACCGAAUAUUGUUGCGGCCAUGUUGGUCUCGCCGCUUAUGGGUCCCGUUAUGUCGAUUACAUUUGGCGCAAUUAUCUCGGACAGGGAGCUAAUGCGCGUGGGCUUUCUGAGCUUGGCCUUGGGCAUGUUGAUCUCCUGUGUUUUUGGAUUCUGUUUUGGUCUAAUUCUCGGCACCACCGAAAUGCCGUGGGGUCAAAACGCAGAUUGGCCUACUGAGGAGAUGCGUGGCAGAGGCAACGUGCGCGCACUGUGGAUGGGCGUGCUCUGGGCCCUAACAUCUGGCACUGGCGUGGCUGUGGCCCUACUCCAGGGCUCGGCCGGGCCGCUGAUUGGCGUUGCCAUAUCAGCAUCGCUGCUGCCGCCCGUUGUCAAUUGUGGUCUUUUUUGGUCUAUCGCCUGCAUAUGGCUCAUCUAUCCGGAAAAGCGUAUACCCCACUUGAAAAACGAGGCGAUGAACUCCACCAGCGCCUACCCAUUCCUCUAUACGGACUAUUUGCCCACCGAGUUCCUGAUCAAUGGCAUUGUGUCCGCCUGUUUGACGGUCGUAAAUGUAAUUUGCAUAUUUAUAACGGCCAUAAUAGUGUUGAAAAUCAAGGAAGUAUCGGCGCCAUAUACGGCCAGUCCGGAUCUAAAGCGUUUCUGGGAAACUGAUCUUCGUACUGUACGCAAGACGAACCGCUCCACGUUCCGUCAUCGACAAGGAACGCUCCGAGGCGGGGCUGUUGACAAGCUCAUAAGUGGUGGCAAUUACCAGGGCCUAGAUGAAGCCCGUAGUGCCAAAAUGGACACAGCUCUGGAGCGAGCCCUAGCAGAGGCCGAAAGCGAUGUUACUUUCAGGAAAGUCAAACGGAUGAGCUACUCGAGCAAUGCGGCGGGCGGACUAACUGAACGCUUGGCCAAAAUGGCUGGACUCAAUAAACGCGACGAUGCGAUGCAUACAAACCCGAGCAGCGUGGCAGGCAGUCGCAUGAACUCCAUACCAAAUUCUCAAUUGAAUGUGGAUCUUAAAGCUUUGGAUAAGCUGGUAAGCAGCCUGUUGGAGCAGCAUGCGGCUAGCGCGGGCAGUGGCAACAACGCCGCCUUCAAUUUAGAAGCGGGCAGCCGUACGCCACCCGUGCAACGUAAGCCGUCCAAGAAACUAAAUCGCUGGCGUCCCCUGUCCCGUUCGGUGCACAGCUUUAAGCGCGGCGAGGGCAGAGACCAUGCGGGCGGCAACUUUACGCAACUGCAGGAGACACAAGCGCCGCUAGCCCAGCAUGCGCCCAACAUGCCAACCAUCAUGGAGAGCAGUGCCGGCAGCCCGGCGCCCAACAAUACCCAGCCUGCGGCUCACAACCCAUGGACUGCUUCACUGGAGCGCACGCCAGGCGCUGUUCGGAAUAUGCUGCACAGCCUCAGCCAGGCAGGCAAUGGUGCUGAUCAGGAGGAUCAGCUCAAUUUAACACAGAAUUAUGUGGGCUAACCGAAAACUAUUUUA